GGCCAUGGCAGUGCCUUAAUUUUUUAUGUGCUGUGGUGGUGCUUUAGAGCUGCUUUCUGCUUGUUGUGUUAAAAGUUUUGACAAACAGUAUGAGUAUGACGGCUAUACGGUGUGUUAUACAUCAAUGUAAAAAAAUUACUGAAAAACAAUAAAAAUGGGCUGUGAAUGAACUAUUUUUUGUUAAAUGUGUGGUGUAAGCUUUUGUGUUUUGUCAAAAUUAUUUAAAUAUGUGUAAUGUACCGCCAAAGUUUUAUCAAUUGUGUCGUUUAUGUUUAUCUCAUGAUAAGGAUAAUGCUUUAUUUAUCUUCGAUAAGGCGGCUAUGGAAAGGAAUAUCCUUAAGAAAAUCAUGACGUGUCUGUCAAUUCUGGUAUCUGAAAAAGACGAACUACCACACGUAAUAUGCUUCAGUUGUUCAGAACAAAUCGAGUACUUAUACAAAUUCAACGAAUUAGCCAAAAAAACUGAGGGCAUAUUACAUCAAUUUUUGGUGUACACCAAAGAAUUGCAGGGAUCUGAUGAGGAAAAAAUGCACCAAUCCGAAAAACUUCUAGAGAAUUUAAGAUUAUCUUUAACAAUGACACCACAAAAUUUGAAGGUAGAAGCCCCUGAACCACCUUCCAGCAAUAACAAAGAACUCAGCCAUCAAAAAGCACAACAUCCAACUGUAGUAAGACCGCCAGAAAUUAAAUCUGAACCCCCUAUAUUCAUGGAACAAACUCGCCAGACAUAUAAACACGUGGAUACCGAACCAGUUAUUACACCCAAAGUUGAAAUUGUCGAAAGAAUACCUUCUCCCCCCACACCACCUCAGGAUCUAUCGAUGGAUUUGUCUAAGGAUAGCACGGAACACGAGGAACCUUCAAUGCGUGAGCCCUUAAUAAAGGUAAAGCCAGCUAGCGUACUACAACAGUACCCUCCGGAACCACAAAAUCUUCCAGAAAUAACCACCUCGCCCAUGGUCCAUCAAGAUUUCAGUUCCGCCCCGAUCGAACCGACGGAUCUCUCAAACAAGAGGAUGGAAAAAGUUACGUGCGUGCCCGAAAUAUCGUUUAUUAAAGAAGAAGCCGACGCAGUAUCAAUUUCAAGCAAUAGUUCAGAUCCAGAACGAUUGGAAGUAGACAUGUCCCAGAUAAACGAAGAGCAUAGCGACUCGACGCUAAGCGAAACCUCCCCUACCUCCGAACCUACCUUUAAUCACAGCGACGUCGAUCCGGCGGUAUUGCAGGCUCUCUCUCGAAACGGAUACAAUCCGCCUCUAAGUGGAGAGGCGAGCCAGCUCCUCAGGAAACUCAUUACGUGCCGAAAACUGGGAAUGACCAUCACUCCGGCGCAACCUCACGUCCUCAACUACACGUUGUUUGAUGAACAACAGAAGUCCCUAGAACACACCAACGCGGAAAAGAGUAGACGGAAACAAAGUUAUCCUUCGAAAGCGUCUGUGUCAGACAGCGUGCCUAUGGAUCAAGACGAGGAAGAGGAGUACGGACCGGAUUUCACAGGAAAUAGUCCGUGGUGUAAUAUGGUCAAAGGAAAGAGGGUGGAGGUUCCAAAGCGUGUGGCUUUGUCCUGUACGAAUUGCGGUACACAGACGACGACUAUUUGGAGGCGGAACUUGAGAGGGGAGAUGGUUUGUAACGCAUGUGGCCUUUACUUUAAAUUGCAUAAUAUAGACCGGCCAGUCACUAUGCGACGAGACACAAUUCACACCAGACGCAGAAGGCCGAAAGCGGCAGAACGAGAAAAAGCCGAUUACUCUCCUGUUGUUGGUAAUUUUGUUAACCCCCCAGUGCACACAUAUAAAGCAUAUAAAGCGAAAAUUGUAAAAGUUUCAGCUUCCAAAGAACGUCGCGCAGCGGAAAGUUCGGAUACAGACGACAUGCUCAGCGCCCUGAGACGUCAACUUCGGCCUCACCUGGUGAUGGCUCUACAAGGACACCGAAACAACUCGAACGAGAACAUGAAUCUAGACAGUAGUCCGAAGGUACCAUCUCGCGCACAUAUACAGGGUCCCACCGUACCAAAUUUCUUGCCAAUAGAGAAGAUGCCCAGCGUCGGCGUCGUGUCAGCGCGGGAAGCUGACUCAGACGAAGACAGCAUAGCGGACCUACCGUUAAAUCUCGUUUCCACGCAAAUGACUGAGGGUGAACUAAUUUAAAAGAUGGAUUUUUAAUUUAAACAAACUUUUAGUUCGUACUAACAGUAUCCAGUGAUACCAACUCUACUUAAUAGUAUUAGAUUUUUAAUAUUAACCGUAACGAUUUUUUACCAAAAUAGGAUGACGGCAACAAUCGUUUAUAUUCGGAAUAGAUUACUAGAAGACGAAGCAUGACAAAUUUCAAUAUUUAUAUAUAUACGUAUAUUUUUCGCGAAACUAACACAUCACAUUUAGGAGUUAGUGACAAAGUCCAGCAAAAAACUUACAUUAUGGGCCAUAAUUUAUGGCGCAUAAAAUUGUAACGGAAGUUCUUUCAGGACAACAGACUCAAUAAAACACAGGUUAAAACAAAAUAAAUGUAUUCAGGGUAUUUAUAUACAGUUCAAAAUUAAAAAUAACAAAAUAAAAUAUCAUUCUAUCUUCGCCCCGUUCCGGAGCAAGCUCCCUGGGAGGCCGUCUGCAAAAGAAAUAAAAUUGUAUUCAUUACUAUCAUCAAAAUAUAAUAACAAUAUUAGAAUAAUACAAUACACCACACAGUAUAUACAACAACAAUCACGUUACAUUUGUAUCAAUCUAUCUACAUAAUUACACACUCAGACUCAUCACACUUCAAUCCUUCAAUCAAGCAUCGACGCACCGGCCAGCUCCGGGGUCCGGGUUGGAAGUAACAGCUUCCGCUCACUGCGGUUACAGUUCCGGCAGAACGCCUCCUCACUACAGAACGCGUCCACCUCGGCAGGUUAAAAUUCACUCCAUUGCAUAUCUGCCGUUUGAGUUCUUCCCGGUUCAGUACACUGCGAGGAACUGAUUGCAUAAUUCUCCUUGCUCGUCUUAAAUACACUCUCGGUAACCAUUACCCCUUAGUUUCGUCGGAGAGGUGGUACGUAGAGGGAGAUAAAAGUAGAGGAAUAACGCAGCAAACACAAAAAAUGAUCGAUAUAGCUUAAUUAUCGUAUAAAUUUUAAAUGCCAAUAGUGUCAAAAUUUCAUAAAUGUCAAUAUUGUCAAAAUUUUAUAAUUUAGUAGAGUAAACUUGCCUGCAGUUAGAUCAAUUACAAACAAGCAUUAUGGCGCGGUAAAUUUGAAUUACUCCUAGUUUAAAAACGAGCUAUAAUGUAAAACUGAUUUUGACGACUAGGACAUGUUUUUAUAAGUAUAGAAUGAGUAAACAACUUUGUCGAUUAAUUAAUUAACUUUACUGUAGACUAUUGUCUUUGAAAAUAAACGUUAUUUCUAAGCGUUUUUGAAGAUGCACUGCUCCAAAUGCCGGUACCCAUUUGACGCACACUGUUGUCACGUUGUUUCUUUAGUCAGUGGAUUCCAAGCGAACCUACAAAAUAACACUCAAAACUUCAAACAUGUUGCAAAUGAUUUAUUUUUCGUUAUAGUUAUUUAGAUUAUGCAUAUUUUCUAGUAAUUAUUUAUAUUGUGUACAUUUUUAUUCGCAUAUAAACGAUUGUUGUCAAAAUACCAAACUACGCUCUCUUGCUUGAAAUAUUUUUAACACGUACUUACACGAUAAUACUCAUUUUUUGUUUCUUUUGUACUGUCAUUUUUUUCUACGAAGUCCGAUUGUGAUAUUUUCAUAAGCUUAUACAAUACAGUUUUUACAGAAGUCAAGUAGAGAACAUAACCAAACUUUUGCUUAAGCCAGUAGUACCAUUACAUUAGUGUAUUUUUUUAUUACGCGAUUAUUUUUUUGUUAUUAUUAUUUUCGGCCAAAGUCCUCAGAACGGGGUCGAAGAUUUAAUCGGGUUUAAUCUGAAAAGGUUCGGUGAACCCACAGCCCACCACAGCUCGGAGAGCUAACAAAUCGAUGCGCUGUUGCCAAAUCUACGAAAUGAAAUAAAUUUUGUUCUUUCUUGAUAAUUACCGACUGAAUAUGGAUAUGUCCAAACCAUCUCUCUCAUGAAUUCAAAUACAUAUUCUUCAACUUUUUUAAGUUGGCUAAACAAUGGUUUGCAUUGAGAAUUAUUAAACAUAUUAUAACAUUCGUUUAAUAUCACCAAACCAUCUCUCUCAUGAAUUCAAACACAUAUUCUUUCACUUUUAAGUCGGCGAAACAGUAAUUUGCAUUGAGAAAUCUUAAAACAUAUAUAACAUUCUUUUGGUAUGACCAAACCAUCUCCCUCUCUUGAAAUCAAACACAUAUUCUUCCACUUUUAAGUCGGCAAAACACUGAUUUGCAUUGAGAAAUAUUAAACAUAUAUAACAUUCGUUACAUAUGACCAAACCAUGACUUAAAAGUGGAAGAAUAUGUGUUUGAAUUCAAGAGAGAGAUGGUUUGGUUUAGAUAUAUUUUGUACUGUAAUUUGGUUUUAAGUGUGACUUCUAUUCGUCAAUUAAUCAUGUCUUGUAAUUAUUAUACGAUAUUUUUAAAUAAAUUUACGAUAAUAAAUGUUCAAGAAAUAAUAUUCAGUCAGUGAUUAUCAAGAAAGAAAAAAAUUUAUUUCAUUCCGUAGAUUUGGCAGCAGCGCAUUGAUUUGUUACCUCACUGAGCUGUGGUGGGCUGUGGGUUCUCCGACCCUGUUCUGAGGACUUAGGCCUUAUUUUCAUUAUUAACAGUAAUUUUUAGUUAUUUAAGAACAUCUUGAUAUUGGUUGAAUAGAUAUUUUACUAAUACUAAAAAACGGUAUAAUAGAUAAUCGAUUGAGUGUGAAAGAACCGUCCAAUUAUGAGAAAAAUACUCUUUAUGAACUGGUGUUUUAGGAACGAGUAAUAGAGGCAAUUUUCUUUACUUCGAGGAACGUUCAGAGGUAUUACAAUAAAAUAAAUACAAACAAUAUUAAGUUUUAAAAAAAUUUGAGGAUCGAAAUAAUGUAGGUGAAACGGCGUCUAGGAAGAAAAUAGAUGUCUAGAUUUAAGUUUUCUUCCUACAUACUAGUUUACAGUAUUUUAUUAUUUGUUUUUCGGCAUGAGUAGAUUAGUUAUUUCCCAGAAGUUAAAAAGGAAAAGUAAAUAUUGUUCUGUCUAACAAAGAGAACCUUAUGUAAAAAUAGUACAAGUUGGAGCGAGAGACAGAAUGAUGGGAACAACGAUGGGAAGGUAUAUCACCAUAAAAAUAAAAGUAGACUAGGUAUAGGUAUUGGAUUUUGACAAGAGCUAUGAGUCAUGCCGAUUUAGGACAAGUUUACGUGAAUUUUUCAAGGUCACAGCUCUUGUCAAAAUCCAUUACCUAUAGAAUUGUAAUCCUAUUGGGCAGUAGCCCGUUGAAAAUAAAUAUAGAACAGUAAAAUUCCUGGACGUUUAUAAAUUUAAAAAUAUUUAUUGUAUUUCUCAAUUUGUCUUUCUUAUAAUUUCUCUAUUUUUAAAAAUGUAUUUUACCAUUCUAUUUUUAAAUUACCUAGUUCUUUUUUUUAUUUUUAAUUGUUGUUUUAAUUUUAUUAUUACCUACGUGUUUUUUAUUGCUAUUUAUUCACUUCAUUUAUAAAAACAAGUCAAAAGAUGAACUUGACCUUACAAAGCCUUACAUAACUACAAAGUUAUCUCGUAACUUCACGUAUAACGUCGCGUUAUAAAAUGACAGUUGAUACAUCAGAUAACUCAAGAAGUAACGCAAGUUAAAUAUGAUACAUCACAUCAAUUCGACGAUUAUAGCUUAACUACAGGAUAACUUUACGUUAUAUUUAACUUGAGUGAUACAUGGGCAUACUUGGGCUGAUUGCUAGAAAAAUUAUUUAGAUAAAACAAAAUAACAAAAAGUCAUAUUUAAACCAACAGAAACAGCAAUUGAUACCUAUCAUUGUUACAUAUAAUUUGUUUCACAUUGAUGUAAAGUAAUCAAUAAUUUGACCUGCUAAAUUCGAAUUUUAAACUUACUUUUGUGUCGGAAGUGACUGGAAUUUGUUAUAAACAAUUUAAUUUAUUGUUUAAAUGAUUAUAAUUAAUAAACUAAUAUAAAUAAUUUUUACAAAAUGCACUUUGUGUUACCUUAUAAAAUACCUACAAAAUGAUGUACGAUAAACCUUUAUCCAAUAAUUAAAACUGGAGAUAUUGCAAAAUGACUGCAUUUAGGCGAUUUUUCACUUGUAACUCGGCUACAUUUUGAGUAAAAUAACUAUAAUAGCACAAAUUAAAGGAAAAACUGCCAGCUAUAAAACCUUGAUUAUAUUCAAAGUAAUAUUUAUAACAAAGUUUUAAUAAUAUAAACGGAUAUUUUUUAUUAACAAAACGCAUGUAAUUUGUUUACAAUGUUGUUUAGCUGCUAAAACUUUAGAUUAUAGCAAAGCAACUUACAUAGUCGUAUUGUACGAUCCAAGACGAAGAAUUGUGUGUAUUAUAAGUAUGUCUUAAUAUAUUUUUGAAUGCCAUAAAGCAGUUUUAAACUGCCCGCGCCGAACGACUAGGACAGUGUAACUAUGACCGUAUAGGCAAAGCCACAGUACGAUUUGAGUUUUCACUAAAAUUAUAUUUAUUUUAUUUAUCUUAAUUUAUUUCUUAUGUAUUUUCGUACUUAUUUCCUAACUUUGAUUGUGCAUUAAUAUUUAUAUUAAUAUAAGUACAUACAUACUACAUACCCAUAACGAAUUAUUACUUUACACUGAUGAGAAAAUAACUGUAGACAUUUAGUAACAUAAUGUGUCACAAAAAAAAAAGAACAUACAAAACAACGCAUAGUAAAAGCAAAACAUAACAAAAAAUUGUCGUACAGAAAAGUUGUGUUACCAAAUUUUUUCCAAACAAAGAAUACAUUUUUCGAUCAAUUUAUAUUGGGCAGUUAUUUUAAAUACUCGAGAUGGUAUCGCUGAACGUUCCUCAAGGUUUUACUAACGCAAUAAUUAUAAUUCUUACUUACGAACAGUAAUACUGCAAAUGUUUCUUCCACUUUUGUAAGAUUUUAUGAAAUUAAGCAUAGUAUUGAACUUAGAUUUAAUCAGUUACAUCUACUCACAAAAGGAAAGCUUUUCCGUACAAGUUUACAAGCAUUUAUGAUACUUAACAUAGAUUCGUCUGUGUUUUUGUUUCUGGUUAGGUUGCUUUAGCUGAAUAUAUUGAUGACACCUUCUACUGUCAAAAAACUAGUGGAUACUUCAAUAAGUAAUCUCUAAACAUAAAGAUGACAAAAUUAUAUGUACUGCAUUAGAUUGUGUUGAUCAAGAAUUUCACAAUAAGAGGAUUCAGUCAGAAUUUCACUAUUUUGAGCAUUCGAUUCAUUAUUUGGAGCGUUUGAUAACACAUAUUCCGUGAUUGAAAGCUUUCUGCAACACCGACUUUUUCACCUUUGAAGAGUGAUAUACAUCAAAUUUUCUUGCCAUUUCUCUUUGACUAUGGCUCAACAGAAAACUCUUUACAUUUACUGAUCUGAAAAAAGACUUUACCGUUCAGAGAUUAAUCGUUUUGUUUUUGCAUGCGGCAAAAUAAACAGUACUGAAAUGAAUAUUGAAAUAUUUAUGAUUAUAUAUCUAGUACACAGUGAUACAGCCUUGCAAAUAUUAUUCACGACGACGCACGUUCCCGAUAAAACAGAUGUAAAAGAUGCCCUCUGGCCAGUGACGGAUCUACGGGAAGGAAAAUGAGGAAAUUUAAAAAGGUCCCAAAUUAAAGAAAAAAAAAUUAUUCAAACAUAAAAAUAUAUUAGCUGACAUGAAACCGAAACCACAGAAAGACAAAUUCAUCCCAAUAAACACGCUAGUUAGGAAAAUUAAGAGAACUUAAUGCCUAUAAGUUAUUAUUUAUGUAAUCUGAGUUUAUCUUUUUUAUGUCUUUUUUAUUUAUAGGAUAGAUUUCGGAGGUAAUAUCCUAUUCUUGCUCCCAUUGACUGGAGUAAUUGCCAUCUGUUAAGUUUUGGAAAUUCACUCAAAAAGUUCCACCAUUUUUAACUAAUUUUUUAGGGUGAGCCUAAUAAUUUGAGCAGGGACUGUAGAUCGCUCCAGAAGUGAGUUGGUUAUAACAGGCGCGAAAUGAUCUGAAUAUCUGUGAAUUACUUUUUUUAUUGAACAUGAUCAAUAUACUAUAAUACGUAAUCUACAGUAGCAUACGACACAAAGCCAACAACUUUUGUGAGUUAUUUGUAACUGAAGUAUUAACCGAGUGAUAUUCAAUUCUGUUUUUUUUUAUUAUAAAUUUAUUAUAUUUAGGGUAUUAAGUUUUAUAAAAAGUAAAUCGGAAACCAGUAUUUUACACCUUAUUUAUAAAGUAUUAUAGUGAAAGAGCCUAAGAUGGCAGCUAUGGACGAGGAGAGUAGAGUAUAUUGAACGUAACGACAAAUUAUGCUUUACUAAAUACAGAGUGUUUGUUUAAAUAAGAGACGAAACUGUACAGAGGUUAUUAAACAAUUUUUGAAAAAAAUUUUAAAAAUUGAAUUUCUUUUUCUCAUUUUCGUUGCUACAUCUUGGCAGCUAUGCAUUUUUAAAAAAAUUUGUGAGGACAAAAUAGUUUUGCAAUUAAAUUUUCUACAAGAUAGAAUUAAUUGCAAAUUGAAAAAAUAAUUAUUGCAAAAUUAACAAUAACCAUUAAAAAAGGGUAAAAAAUCAAUGUUUUCAAUAAUCUUGUUAGGUAGGUAUUUAAAAACCACAUAGAACCUUCAACAUUUAUUCAGGAAAUCUUUUUAAUAAUAAUACCAAAAACAACUACACAAAAGUUUUAAAUAGUUGAUUUUUUUUACAUAUAAAAGGGCAUUCAAGCUUUCAAAUAAAAUUCGCAUCAUUGAAAUCAGUUGAAUAGGAGAUAGAAUAGAGGAAUAAAUUUUCACUUUUUCUUCUUUUGUACAACCUGGUUAAAACUUGGUUAAACCUUUAAAAAUACAAUCAAGUAUAUUUAAAUGGGAAAUAAGCCACAAUUUUACCUAAAAAUGGUUUUAUUAACGUUUCGACGCCCAAGUCGGGUGUCGUUGUCAAAAUACAAAAUAAUACUAAAUAAAUAAAAAUGUUGUUGCUUAGUAAAAAAUUCUUCUAAUAAUUUAUUUAAUCUGGUUUUCCCUCGUGAUUUACUAUGGAAUCUCUAACGCGAGAAUUUCAGUGCCACCGUUGCAUUUGGUUGUCUUUUUAAAGACAGAUUACAUGCUAUGAUUUUUUGUGGCGGAUAUUCUUGAGUUGGGAUUGAUUUCAUGUAAUCGAAUGAACUAUCUUUUAGUAAAGUCGUCCCAGGAACGCAACUCAUCAAUAUUGGCAAUAUCAUUUUAAAGUCGUCUACUUUAAAAUGUAUAAUACGUGUCUGAAUUGCCGAUAUAAAUGAGUCAGAUUAAAUAAAUUAUUAGAAGAAUUUUUUACUAAGCAACAACAUUUUUAUUUAUUUAGUAUUAUUUUGUAUUUUGACAACGACACCCGACUUGGGCGUCGAAACGUUAAUAAAAUCAUUUUUAGGUAAAAUUGUGGCUUAUUUCCCAUUUAAAUAUACUUGACUUUAAAAAUACAGAAAAAUCGACGAUAGGCAGUGGUGGGGAAUGGCAAUUUCAGCCGUCUCAAAAAUGAAAUCGCAAAAAAUAUGCUUUCAAAAUAGCGACGCACUUAAAAAUUUCAAUUAUCUCAGCUUCUAGUUUUAAUAUAUUAUUUAUUUGUCAAAUUCAUUGAAUCAAUCUUAUUACGUUCCAACUUCUUCAAUGAAAAUGUUUUACCCCUGUACAGUUUCAAUAUAGACCGAGAACUGAGACCGUUAAAAAAAUCUCUCUAAGAAAAUCAUCGACCGUUUUAUUGCUGAAUAUCAUAUAUAAGAUAAUAGGUUACGAUAGGCACUAUUUAAAGGUAGUAAAAAUUUUUCUCGAUAUUUUGAAUUAUCUCGAAACAAUUUUUAAGUCAUGAUAAUUAAACGUAAACUAACAACAAAAUUUGCUAAGGUAGGUACUUAAUUUUGAUCGCCCAAAAUAUUCUACGCAGUGUUUGAUUACAGGCAAUUUUAUACAGUUUUAAAAAACGCUUUAAUUCGAUUUUUAUCCGCAAGGGGCCGCUGUUAUAGAGCAAAAAUCAAUAUUCUAAAAUUUGUCUAGUGGCUUUAGAUGACCCACCUCUAAAAAAUGCAAUUUUUUUCCUGUUUUUGCAUAAUAAUUAUGCAGUUCCUCGAGAUUCGGUCAUUCACGUGAAAUCUAAAAAAAGUAAAUAUACAUGAAAUAGUAAAACAACAUAUUGUACAACAAGUGGAGAAAAAAAGACAUAUUUCUCACGAGCGCAGAAGUUUGUUGGCAGGAGCUGCCAAGCGAGGGAGAAAUAUGUAAUUUUCUCAUGUGUCGUACACUGUACUUUUUCUAUGGAUGCGGUUUUGUCAAGAGUUCAAACUUCAAAAUUAAAUAAUUUAGGUGCUUUUAGGUAUACUAUAUGCAUAAAUUGAAAUAAAAUACAUAUUAUACAUGUAGGUAUUUAAUAUUCUUAAAAUUUAUAUACGUUAUUUAUUUAAAAUUCUAAUUAAAAGUUAUUUUUGAACAGUUUUGAAAGGUUAUUCCUGGUAAGUUUUGCUUCAACACAUAUUAUUUGACAACAUUAAUUAUUGUGUUUGUAUUGUGCCUGUUACCAUGGAAACGGCUAUCAUAUGUAUAGAAACCGGCGGAGAACCUGUGAGAAAAAAUAUUUCUUACUGCAAUGGCCGACUUUUUUCAGUGCGUGAAAAAUUUUUCGUUUUAAAUGUAUGUAAGUAGUGAGAGAAGUUGCACAUUGUAUAGCAUCCAUAGAAAAAUAGAUUGUAUGCAUUAUAACUUCUUCUUUGAAAAAUAUGUUUUUAAAGGCCCCAUUUCUCCAUGCCCCACUUUAUUAGCACCAGCAGCAAGAUUUUAUAGACAAAAUUUUCGAAUAAAAGACAAAAUUUUGCGAAAAACAUUAUUUCCCCUUUCGUUUCGUAUCUAUAACGAGUGAUGCACAUAAAGAAACUUCCAGACAAGAUUACUGUCGAAGUCAUAGAUGAUAGACAUCAAUAAAACGGCCUGUUCAAGCCUUAUUAUUUACAAUCCUCAGUGCUUGGUCUAAUAGUACUUAAAUAUUAUUUUAUAUUGUACAUUAUCUUCAAUUUUGCUGUGCAUUUUUAAACCCAAUACAACUUUAAAACAUACAGGGGUCUUCUACGAUUUUACCCUAUCUAAAUAUCAGAAACUACUUGAAAAGAUAUUUAUACAAAUUGGUGUAUGUGGUUAUUACAAGUUAUGCCAAACUUAAAGAAAAUAUUUUAACAGGCAUGUUACCGAUAGACAGGUUAUACCGGAAAUGAACAACAACUUUGAUAUUUUAAAUAAAACACCCUGUAUAUAAUUUUGGUAAAAAAUAUCGUCUAUAAGUAGUUUCCGAUAUAUAGAUACUGUAAGUUUUUCGUAAAGCACGCUGUAUUGAUCGUAAAAUAAAAACAAAUUGCAAGUUUUAGGCACUAUAAAUGGUAAAAUACUCUUAAUAAAUCCUUGAAUCUCUUUUAGGGCAAAUUUGACAAUUAUGUAAAUUUUGUAGUUCUACGAAGACUGAAAAGCGGUCACAUAAUAAUCAAAAGCGUUAUCUAAUAAUGUAAAUACAACGCGUACUGUGUUUUUCUAACCAUUUGUAUUUUAGAUCAUGUUUAUGUAAUUUGUAGGUUGUUCAAUAAGUUGUAUCGAUCGAUAAGAUGGUUUGAAGUAUGAUUUAAUACACUUUUUCUCUUAGUUUUAGUUGUGAUUAGUUUUCUGAGUUGUGAGAAUAGUGAAAAGGAACUAAAUCUGGCAAAUAAAAUGGAUGUUUAUAUAUACUUUCUUAUUGGGAUGGUUUUUGGUGCGCAAAAUGAUUUGUUUUUCUCCUAUAAGAUUAUUUCUCGCGGAUUUUUUACGUUCAACUAAUUCAGAAAAGUAAUCUACCAGUAGCACCUUUUUUGCAUCCCAAGAAACACUUUCAUGAUCGAUGUAUGUACAUCAACUCACUUCAAAGCUCAGUAUAAGAUUUAUACCACUUCUUAGCUCUUUGUUUUUAUUUAGAAUAAGGAUAGUCGAGACCAGUCUCAUGUGUAACUAUGAAACGUUGCAAGAACUCCUUUUUGUUCCUUUUUAAUGGCUGCAAUAGUUAGCUUACAAGUCACAUUUGCAGCACCCGUUGUGCACACCGCUUUCUGAAGUCAGAGCGACCUAAAUCUAACGAAUAGGUUUGAUGUUUCAACAAUGCAUACUUUAUUUUCGCCAUAGUUUAUCGAACUUUGUGAGAGGGUGAGUUGUGUGGAUGAAAAAUAUUUUGUUUUCUCGUUUAAGAUUACUUCUCACGGAUCUUCAUAUCCAGCUGAUAAGAAAGGGUAGAAUAAUAAUCUGACUUUAGUUUUUUAACCAGAAAAACAACUUUUGCAUCCCAAAAAGCACUCACUCGGUUGAUUACUGGACCCUAACCCCCUUCGAAGCCGGGUUUACAUUACAUCUUAGCCUCUUGUUUUGAUUUAUAUCAAGUCUCAUCCAUAACAAUGAAACUUUGCAAAAUCUCCUUUUUGGCCUUUUUUGAAGCCCCAAACAGUAUCACUCGAGUAAUUUUGUUACAUUGAUAGCGAAUGCAGCUAUCAUCGUGCAUAUAGCUUUCUUAAAUCCAAAAUAUUGUUCACAUUGUCGAAUAUGAUCCUUAAGUCUUCUACUAAAUCUCUGUCGAUUAAUCUAGUGCAUUCCAAAACUAUAAUUCUGUAUUUUUGAUAUGAUUUUGAUACAGUGUAGACAUAAUCGGUAUCGUCUGGGUACUUGGCGAUCUUUUCAGUAAAUUUACUACGUAGAUUAUUGUUGUUAGGUAUCGCCACAUCAAUUAGUGUUGUUUGUCUUGUUAAUUUAUUAACUAGUACGAGAUCUGGUCUAUUAUGUGCCACUGUUUGGUCUGUGAACACAGUGCGGUCCCAGUAUAGCUUGUAGUUGCCAUCCUCAAGCAUACUCUCGGGGACGUAUUGAUAAUACGGGAGAUGGUCCGUUUGGAGAAGUCCCAGCUUGAUAGCUAUCUCUUGAUGAAGGAUUUUUCCCAUUGCGUCAUGCCGUUCCUUGUAUUCAGUUGCAGCAAAUGCCUGGCAGCCCCCUGUAAGAUGUUGGAUGGUUUCUUAGGCUUGACAUCCAUAUCGGCAUCUGUCGUUUUGAACCUGAGGGUCUUUGAUGAUAUAUUUCAGGUAAUUUCUGGUUGGUAUAACCUGAUCCUGAAUGGCCAGUAAUGAACCCUCUGUUUCAGGGAACAUCUUUCCUGAUGUCAACCAAUAGUUCGACGCUGUAUUGUCGACGUAGUCUUGGCUGACCUCAUUGGGAUGUUGCCCGUGCAGAGGUUUGCCCAUCCAGGUGCGCAUUUUUUCGUCCUUUGUUAGGUGGUUUAUAGUUUAUGCGCAUUUCUGGUUCCCUCAGUUUGAUCGGUGUUGUGUCAUCUACUGCGCAAAUAGCGCGAUGUAGAGUAGAUGUCUCAGCUUGCAUCUGAAAAUAAAUUUUUAAAUUAGCAAUUUGUUUAUCUAAUUGCUCACCUAUAUCCAUAAGUCCUCUUCCUCCUAGAUUCCGUGGUAAUGUCGUUCUUUCUACUGCACUUUUAGGAUGGUGUUUUUGUGCCUUUGUGAGGUGUGUUCGUACUUUUCGCUGAAGAUUUUCUAUAUCUGUUUUUGUCCACUUAACAAUACCAAAUAAAUAGCUAAGCGCGGAACAAGCGUAGGUGUUUAGUGCCUUAAACAAAUUUUUACUGUUAAGCUGUGAACGAAGCAGCUGUUUUAUCCUUCGUAUAAACUCAAGUAAUUAUCUCAGUUUUUAUUUGCUUAUGGUCAAUUUUCCGCCCCUGCUUUACUCCAAGAUAUUUAUAUAUAUAUCGUUUUCACCCAUGGCCUCGAUGUUCUGGCCAUUGUGCAUAUCGAAUCCACCGGGCUGUAUCUUUCCUCUGACUAUAUUUAAAACGCGGCACUUGUCUAGUCCAAAGUGCAUAUUAAUAGCACUCUCUAGCACCUCUACUGUUUUUAGCAUCUGUUCUAGAUUGUCUCGAAGUAGAAGCCAUUCAUUUCAAAUCAUCCAUAUACAACAGAUGAUUAAGCUUUGCUACUACAGUAUUGUCGUUUUUAAUGCUAAAACCUGAGUCAGUAGAGUUUAAUAGCUGUGAUAGGGGGUUCAUAGCCAAACAGAACCACAAUGGGCUCAGCGAGUCUCCUUGAAACAGGACCCGGUUGAUUGCGAUAUUUUCCGUUUCGAUAUUGUUUUCACCAGGUAUUUGGAGGUGAAUUUUAGUCUUCCAACUUGUCAUUAUAUGCCUUAAAAAAGUCACUAUGUUAUCAUCGACUUUGUAUAUUCUUAAUAUAUCUAUAAGCCAUUCAUGCGGCACUGAAUCAAAGGCCUUUUGUAGUCAAUAAAGGCAGUAAAGAGGUUCCUUUUUUUGGUGAAUGCCUGGUUAGAAAUGACUGAGUCGAUGAUAAGUUGUUCUUUACAACCCAUAGAACCCUUAGCGCAUCCUUUCUGUUGAGGCUCUAUGAUAUUGUUUAGAGCACAGUGUUGGUAGAUACGCCGGGUUAUAAGGAUGUGACCAAUUUAUACAAAGUUGGAAGACAAGUAAUUGAGCGGUACUUGGCUGGAUCUUUGGUGUUAUUUUGAUCCUUCGGUAUUAAAUAAGUGGUUCCCUGAGUUAGAAAUGACGGUAUUUCCUGCGGUAGAAAUAACAUGAUUAAUUAAUGCUGAUAAGCACUCAUGAAUACUCCAAAACUUCUUAAGCCAGAAGUUCUGAACUCCGUCUGGUCCAGGAGAUUUCCAGUUAUGAAGCUCUUUGAUGAUAUUUGAGACCUCUUCAGUAGUGAAUGGUUCGUAGUUAGCUGUGACGUAGUGGUGACAGUUGUGUGUCGUAUCUUCUAUCCAGCCAGCAUUGUUGUUAAGAGCAGCUGGUGUGGAAAGUUGGUUUCCCCAAAACUCAUUAAUCUUUUCUUGGUUUGGGUAAGACUUGUCUACACUUUCUACGGUGGAGUUGAGUUUUCGGUAGAACGCCUUCUCAGAGUUCUCAAAAAGUGCAUUGUAGCAUUUUCGGUUGUUACUAACUUUAUACCUUCUUAAUCGUCCUGAAUAGACGGAGAGUUUUUGUUUUAAUGUAUCCAGACACUGUUGGGCUGUGUUAUUUUCUGGAUCGUAUCUCGAGUGUCUUGCAGUGCUCCGCAUUAUUUCUUCAGCUCUCUUAAUGACUUUUCUACUUGUUACACCUCUUAUAUAUUCUGUGACUUGAACAAUAUCCCUACGCAGUAAUUCAAUUUUUCCGAGAAGUCUUUUUUCCUAGGGUGCAAUUCUGUUAUCAGUCCUUCCAUUAUUAGUACCCCGUCGUGUUCUGAUCUUAACGCCCAUUACAUUAGCAAUUGCUGUUGCUGCACAGUAGAUUAGCAUAUGCAGAUAUUCCAAUGUGUGGGUUUCUACGACAUAAUUGGGAAGGACUUCAGUGUUCACAAUAGGGAACUUGCAUAAAUUUUUAAAUUCGAAAAAAAUGUUAUAAAUCACAACAGAACAUAAUUUAAAACAUGUAUCAAAGAUAAAAAAGUUUUGUUUGUCUUUCGUUUGGCCCCUAAAGACGAUUAAAAAUUCAAAUUAAAACAGGUGGUUUAAAACGCGUCGUGACGUCACUGGGUUGUACAUUUACAUUUUUCCAAUAAAGUAAACAGAAUUUUAAAUUAGACGUUAUAAACGUCAGUAGAAAAUACAUUUAUGUGACGUUAUAAGUGUUUUUGAUCGUUUGAACUAUUCAUAGAAAAUUUUUCUUUUACAAAAUGGUUUUAUUUUCAAUAGUAAACCUUCGUUCCUUUCCUUCAAAAACAGUAUAAAACUCCAAUUUUAACAAACUGGUAUAUAUUAUUACAAUUACAUACGAUAAAUGUCAUUAGAAUAUAAAUAUUUUUGACUUAUUCCACGACGAUGAGCUGGCCAAAUACCCAAGUAGGUGGAGGCCAAUAAACUAAAGAAGGAGAAGAAGAAUAUACUUAAAUAUAAGGUUGUGUGUAGGUAUACGUUAACGUGUACGCAAAUAAAAAAGUUAGAGUGUCAGUGAUUUCUUAUUUUUUAUUUGUUUAGUGUUUGUUUUUAAAUUAACUAUGGAGUGUGGACAAUUAUUUAGUUCUUUUAACGAGUUUAAGAACAUUUUAAAACAGUACGAAAAAGAUAAGAGACUAUAAAUUAAUAUAUAUUUUUUUAGUUAUAAAUGAAAUAGUAUUACCGUCCAAGAUUAAAAUAAAAGGAAGACCUAAAGCUUUCACAAUAAUAAUUAACUUGUUCUGAAGCUAUCAUCCUUGUGGAAUUUUUGUAAUCAACUAUUCUAAAUGAGAACUAAGCUACAAUUUAACUAAAAAAUUGAUUUUAUUAACGUUUCGACGUCUAAACCGGAUGUCGUUGUCAAAAUACAAAAUAUUAUUAAAUUAAACAAAAAUGUUGUUGCUUAGUAAACAAUUUUUUCGGUAAAAAAUUUAUUUAAUCUGACUAAUUUUUGUAUUUUGACAAUGACAUCCGAUUUGGACGUCGAAACGUUAAUAAUAUAUUUUUUUAGUUAAAUUGUGGCUUAUUUUGCAUUUAGAAUAGUUGAUUAUAAUAAUUCACUUGCAUAUAAAAAUUAUUUUAACAAUAUUUUAUACCUACAUGUCAUGUCAACUAAAUACAUAUAAUUAUUUUGCUUACCUAAAUAUAUACUUUUAUAUAUAUACAUUGAUUUAUUACAAUUAAGUAAGUUUGAAACAUCUGAAUAGUUCUGCUUCCCUUCCCUUAACAAAUAUUUUUCUAUCAAACAAACACUAAACAUGUCAAAAUAGCAUGUACUAAAAUAUAUAGUCACUGCGCAAGCUAAAUAAUGACGUCACUGGCUUGAUGAAGUUUAAUUCGCGUCUACCUAACUUUUUUAUUUGCGUACACGUUAGCGUGUACCUAGACACAGCGAAAUAUAACCAUAAUCAAAACUAUGUGACGUCACGGGCCGUUUGAACUAUUUUAUACCGCAGAAGAAUUUAAAUAUGUAUUUCUAAGUUAUUACGAGUUUUUGAAGAGUGAAAUUUUGGAAAUCUCAUUUUUAAACAAAACUGUACAUUAUUAUCUAAUAAAAAAAAAUGUGCAAGUUCCCUAUUUGUAACAGCGCACCUAGUUUCUUACAAGAGUUUAUUCGUGGUGGCGGUGGUCUGCUAAGUGGAUUUGUUCCAUUAAACUCUUGUACGGCACGAGCCAUUUCGUUUACUAGACUAUCGCGCAACUCGUUGUUUUCCUGCUGUGUAUUGUCAGGUUGAGUUUCUGGUAUGGGAAUCUCAGGAAUCUGCUCAUCAAGGAUUUCAUUAGGGACUUGAUCUAAAACUAGCUCUUGGUUAUUAAUCUCCCGUUCGACUUCGCUUUUGAUCGUAUUGCGUCUAGUUUCUGGGAUAAGGUUGUUUCUUAUGAUUACCCGGUAUUGAUCUGAUACUCUUUGCUCCGAUACUUAAAUAUCUGGGUACUCCCUGCAAAAUUCGGCAUACAGCUGUUGUCUGUAGCCGAUCGUUUCUUGACCGAGGUUUGUCACCCUAUAAUAGAAGCGCAAAAUGCUUUCUUUUACGGACACAGUCCAUUUCAUGCGCUGCCUCGGUCGUCCUGCUUGAGUGAGCGCCGGCUGAUGUUCCAGCGCAGCACCUUCCGCGGGUGGAGCUCUUGCUGUUGUUUGGCUCGCUUGUGGUUGUUGUUGGGCUGUAGCUGAUUGUAUGACAGGGCCCGCCUCCUCAACACCCUGCCACCGACGUCCCGCAUGCUGUCACGUCCAGCGCCGGCUCCAGACGUGCCCUGGCGAUCCCUAGGCAGCGAUCAUAAACAUAAAUCAAUAUUCUCCAUAUUAAUGGGUGUGCAUUUUAUACCUACUGCCAGGUGUCAGUUUUUGUUCCACGGCAAGUAUCCCUGCUACCCUCUGGAUAUUUGCGCUACGAAUACCCAGAGAGCAUCCCCCAUUCGCAGGGGGCCGCGCCUGAUAGAAGAACUGACAAAUAACUCCCACAGGUUAUUAUUAUUAUUAACACGUGUUUAUCAAAUAAUAGUGCUAUCCUCGAAAAUAAAAUGACAAACCCGAUGUAACGCCAUCUCUUAUCGAACGACAAAACUUACAGAACAACCAGUUAUAUUGAUUUAAUAUAAUUUUAUAGAUCAGUAACUACUAACAUUUAAAAUGUUUGUUUGUUGAUAAUUAUUUAUCAGAGCGUUUAAACUUCGUAACUUCAUUUCUGAAAACAAGAACCAUAUUUUGUGUAAAAAAGCACUUUCAGAACCGAAGUCUACAAAGUUCGUUCAAAUUAUUUAUUCAAAUGCAUCGGUCUCUAAUAUUCAAUAAUAUUGAAUGUAAAAUAUUGCUCAUUUGUUUUUUUUAAUCGUGUGGAAAAUAUAUCUCAUAAAGAAACUUUGUCGGACUUACGCGCAUCUUCUUUUUUCAUAUUUUCCUUUCGUCUAUUCAGGUAGACAGUAAAUGGUCUAACCUCAAAAUUAUUUUGAUAGUUUCAUCACAUGUGGCCUACAGUAUUUAUAUAUUUGGAAUUAUAUAUUUCGUCUUUUGUACUUUCUAAUGAACAAAAAAGAAAAUAUACACAAACAGGAACAAUGACGGAAGAUCCCUAAUAUUGUUAUAUUACAAGUUACAUAGUUGCAUGUCCUGGUCCAAAUUAGAGACAUUUAUUAUCUUAUGCCAGUUUAUUAAGGAAAUCCUUACAGUUUUCUUACGUUACAACGGUAUAAAGGAGUACUUACUUCAUCCCAUUCAGCCUCCUAUACAAGGUUACUCACUGCUUAAAGAACGCAGAACAAAACUUAAACAAAGUCUUAUGGUGAUAAGAAAUUAUUGUAAACAUGCACAGCAACACUGCGUCUAAAAUUGUUCCCUCAGUGCGAUAGAGAAAAGUGUUUGUAAACAGGGUAUGCAUCGGGAGAAGUGUAUCGGGCCGACCGCGCCAGAGAUGGAGUGACAACCAGUGGUGUCAUGGUGCGGGAACGCCGUUCCGGCACUGGUUAAGAAAAGAAAAAAUAAAUAAAUAGAGAAUUUAGGUUUUGUAAAAAAAAUUAGCAGUGCGUUCCGGCACUGCUAAUUUUGCCAUGACACCACUGGUGACAACCUUCCAUAGAGGUAUCAAUCUGCCAAUGAACAAGCAGAAUUUCUUAUAAAGAUGAAGAAGAAUAAGUUUGGAAAGAGAUGCAUACCCUGUUUACAAACACUUUUCUCUGUCGCACUGGGGUUUAGAUUGGAUUGCAGCGCGAGGUGUAUGUAUUAUUGUAUAUGGAUGUAAAUGCUUGUAACUUGAACGAAUUUGAGGUUAUGAAUAUACACCAAGACUCCAAUAGUCCUCCAAUACUCACUCCCUAGGCGCAUCCUGAGAUAACCGGUACAGUUUCUUUAUCACAGAUAAAUAUAAUCGUAGUAACGUACUAUUUUAAUAAAUAAAAAUCGUGUUUUAUCAAAUUUGUAAACUAUUUAUUGUUCUAUACACGUUUGAAUGUUUUCAGUUUAAUUUAAUCGUUUUACAUGCUCUAAAUCAGCGGUUCUCAACCUUUUUGAGUCAUGUAUCACCUACAGUUCUUUUUAUUAUUUUUGGUACCACCUACAUUUUUAGAUUGCGUUAUCAAGACUUACUAAGUACUACUAUUUUAUUUUUUUUUGUGUUUUGUGUACAAACAGUGGUACAUAUACCACAGAUUGAGAACUGCUACUUUAAAUCGUUGACACAUAAUAAUAUGUAGUGUUGUGUUUUCAGACUGUUGAACUUCUUACAAUGUUUCUCAAUACGAAAGUUAUACUAAAGCUAGUGGUUGUGAUACAUUUUUAUAAUGAAAAGCAAAUUUUGUAAUGAAGUUUUGAUAUAUUUUAUGUAAUUCGUUUAAAUAAUAUUGAGGUAAAUGAAUUAUGGCGUGACAGAAAUCGCUAAAUAAUUUUUUUAAAUAAUUUAUUCACAAAAUAGAUUUUUAUUGCAUCUAUUUUGCAGAAGAAAUGUUGUGGAUUUUUUCUCAAAGUUCGUGUCACACUGUGGAAUAUUCUAGCAUUUAUAAAAUAUUGAAAUAAAAACCCGACUAUAGACUCAGUUUUCUUAACAUUCUGUUUUUUUAUUCAUUUGCUUAUGUUGGAUAAUAAAAAAGUUAGGUACUUUAACAAGUAUCCUUGCUUUUCAUCAAUACAGAGUGUUUUUAAAUAAGUAUGGCAAACUUUAAGAGGUAAUUCUGCAUGAAAAAAUACUUUCAGUUAGCUUUAUAAACGUAUGUCCGCAAAUAUUUCGUUUCCGAAAUAGGGGGUGUUGAAAUUUUUCUUACAAACUGAUGAUUUAUUUAUUGCUCUAAAACCUGCUAAGAUAUGCAAAUGAAAUUUGGUGGGUUUUAAGAGGUAGUUAUUGCGAAUUUUUCAUAUACAAUUAAGAAUUUAAUAUUCACCAUUGGCGCGCAUACGGGUAAUAUGACCCUUAUGUACGGACCGUAGGUUGUAAGACCGGAUGAGAGAAGGUUUGUAGGACGGCCUAGAAAAAGUUGGAAAUAUGCAGUCAAAGAUGAUCUGGCGAAAAUGUGAGUGAGACAGUGGGAAAUAGUGGCACGGGCCGACAUACAUGGAAGGCAGUAAACGCGGCAAAGACUCACGAAGAGCUGCAACGCCAUUGAUGAUGAUUUUUUUUUAAGUUGUUCCCCAAUGAUAAUACAUCCAAACAAAACAGGAGUUUUAUCAAAAAUUGAAGUAUCCCAUUAGUAGAAAAUAGACAUUAACAUACUAUUUACCACCACCACGUCAAACACCAGCUAAUCCUACUUAUAAGUACAUCACAAAUCACACGAAUACAACAAACCUUUUAAAUUUUACCCCAUUUCGCUCUUUUAUUGAAACGUUUACAACUUAAAAUCAUAAAAUGGUUUAACCCUCAGUCUCCCCACGGUACUUUUGAGUACCAUCAAAUUAUGUAACGUUAUAUUAUGCGAAGUAUUGAAUAUUUGAGAAUAUUCUGUUAAAUAUCAUUUAUUAGUUAUCAGCUGAUGUUUAAAAAUAAAUCGUUUAAACGAUUUUGUAUUAAAUACACAAUAAGAUUUAAAGGUACUCCAAAGGAUCGCUCGUAAAAAACAACGCUUUUAGCUUAUUUUAAAAAGUUAUGAGCGAAAAAAUAAGGCGGACUUAAAAGUACCAUUGGGAAGUAACUGUCAAAAAAAUCUAAACGUGGGAGACUAAAGGUUAAACAAAUAAGUGAAGUGGGUUUUAUAUAAAUGAAAUAAUUUUCUUAAGCUUGAAAAUCAGUAUUAUUUGAAUAAUUUGUAGUAAAAGUGAUAACGAAUCUGUUCCUUUUAGUAUUAUUAUCAGUAUUUUGCAGUAUUUAUCUUCUUCUAAUUAUUUUUUAACAAUUAUGUGGAACGGACGUUUUAAAAUAUUUUUUAUUGAGAAAUUUACGAUUAUAAUUCAUUUACCUGGUAAAUUUUUUACAACAUGAAACAACUAAAACUCAAUACUAUUUGUUCUUCACUUAGACUAAUAAAUUAGACAUUAGUAAGUGUCUUUGUAUUGGUUGUUAUGCAAAAGCAACAUUUUAAAAUUGUGAAAGAAAUAAAGGUUACCGUGAAAUUAAAAUGCCCUCCUCCUAUUACCAAAAACCCAUUUCUUCGUUUUUAUCUUUUUUUUGGUAAUCAUUUUAAAAUUUUCAAAAAAUUCACAUUACAAAAUUAUUCUAUUUUUUAUACAUCCGUAAAUUGAGUAUACAUAUCCUAAAAAUGCAUUUUUUUUUAGAAAAAAAAACAUAUAACUUUUUUUGAGAUGGCUGAAGAAAAUCUCUAAAUAAUAUAUUUGUAGGGGCUUUUGCGGGGUUAAUAGUAAUUUUUGAGAUCGAUACAACCUGAAUCAACGAGUCUCCAUUUCAUAUUAAAAAAAUAUGAAAAAGAAUAAUUUCAGGCCCCAAAAAAGCAAAUACAACCACUGUUAAUUACGAAAAACCAACUGUUUAAGGGUUAUUCUGAGGUCUUUACUGGAUGAACACAACUUUUAUUUCUUUUUAUAUCAUUAAAGAGCAUAUUUUAAAAUUUAUUUAAAAUAUCGUGAGACAAUGACGACAUGUGUUUCCCAUAUUCGGAGAAGAUACAUUUUUUGAAACAUACGAAAACUAGAAAAGUUCAAGUAUUAAUACACAAAAUAAAAAAGUAGGCCUGUAGCCAUUCCCAACAAAAGUUGUAUGCUUUUUUCGAAAAAAAAAAUGAAUUUAUGGGUUAUGUACACUCAACCUAUGACUAUAAAAAAUUGACAAGUUUUGUAAAGGCAUCAACUAUUAAUUUUGAAAUUAAUUGUAACUCACCAAAAUAAUAAUAGCAUUCGAAAAUUGUGCCGAGUCUUUUUUUUUCUAUCAUUUUCUAAUGACAGAAAAAAAUCAAUUCUGGUAGUGAGGUAUUUUGCGUAUCUUAACAGCAGGUACCCUUUUUAGCUAUUUCCAGUUAUUAACAGCAAAAAACACAGCUAAUUUUUAAUAUAAUUUACUUCUCUAAUUUUGCUCACUUCCUACAUUAUUAUUUAUUCUUCGACCUAUCUUGACCAGUGCCUGCUAGUGUUUUUUCUAGUUAUGGUUAAAAAUAUUAUAUUAGUUUGUGAAACAGCACAGUCCUUACUACUAUAACAACCUUUCUUAUUUUGUCAGAGUAAAAAAAAGAAUGUGUGUGUGUACUUUGUACGCACGUAAGAAGUUAUACUUCUAUUAUAUGAUUUCAACGAAAUAAAUAUACUUUCAACAGGUUAUUUGUAUUUAAAGAUUAAACUAAUUUUUACUUACUACUUUCCAAAAAUUUUUACUAAAACAAUACUAAAAAUAAAAAAAAGUUAGUUAACACUCGGAAUUGAACCAGGGACCUCUCGAUCUCCGGUCGAACGCGCUACCGCCGAGCCAAACUCCCUUUGCUUUGACAGCUUACAAGAUUUCUCAUACAUACUGACAAAUUCAAUAGACCAAGUGAAAAAAUACUUUAAAAUUUAAAGUAAAUAUACUUACUAUUAUUAUAAAAUAUUUUAUUCCCGGGGAAGACAAAUCCAAAGACACAAAAAUUAUAAUGAAUAAUACAUUUACCAAAAACACUAAUAUAUUCUUUUAAUGACUUAUUUGCGCUGAUACAUACAUAAUUUGAAAGAUUAGCAACGAACUACAUACUGUCUGUCUGCGCAUGCGCCAGGCAACUAUAAAAUUUCGCCCUCGAUCAUAACGAAGUAUAACUUCAAAAAUAUUUCUUUUGGAAUAUAUUCACAUACUGCUUAAACAUCACAACAAUAAAUAGUAUUGAGUUUCGGUUGAUUCAAAUCAUUUUUUGUGUGCUAACCUUUUUCCCUGUAGUAAAACCGAGCAUAACUAUUAAAUUGACCCAUUAAUAGGUCUACUGCAAUGAAAAAGUGACUUUGUGUGCGUGUGGCUAACUGAUUUGGUAGUAGGUAUGUUUUUAAAAUAAUUCGAUUGGCUAUACUCUACGAUUGUAAGGAUGUAUUUUUUUUACAAAUAAACAUGGCUGCUAUUA